GUGGCAACACUGCCGGUGAGAAGGAGCGUGCCCAAGUUAAAUUUGUGAUUUGUUAAUUAUUUGCGUUCAUAAAAGUCUUAAAUAAUACGAUAAUUAUUAGUUUAAAAGUGGAUAGAAACUUAAAUUAAUAAGUUGACUAGUUUAUGGAUUGUGAUUUAAUGUUGAAAUGAGCCUUUUAUCUAACGCAUUAACAGCAGCUGCCCAUAAGCGGCAUUACAUAGAAACUGCCGGUCUAAAGGCAUUAUAGACGCAUUGUUUUUACGCCUUAUCUAUUUAGGAUUUCUGAACUAAGGUAUAAAGAAAUGGCUUAUAACGAAAAACGUUGUUAUACAUAUGUACUACAAAACUAGUAGAACUAAGGAUAACGUGCCAUAGCAACAAAGUGUUUGAAGUUAAUAUCCACUGUUGCUACAUCUAAUACAAGUCAAUGAGAAUGACCCAUAAGCAAAAACGAAACCGACUACCUAAUUUUACGCCUGCUGAAGAAAGUUUUUUACUAUCAUUGGCACAUAAAUACGUUAAUGUAAUUGAAAGUAAACUAACUGAUGCGCAGAUUUGGGAGGAGAAACGAAAAGCAUGGGAAAAUAUUGAUAUUGAAUUCGGUAAUAAGUUUGGCUUUAGAAGAGGAUCAAAAAAUCUACGAGAAAAAUAUGAUAAUUUGAAGCGUAAAUUAAGACGAAUGGAAAGCAAAGACAGAAACGAUGAUGAACAAACAUUUCAAAAGUUGUUAUUUGAUGAAAAUAUUGAAAAACUAUCAGCUAUAGUAGGAUUUUCAGCAGACUGUAGCUCAAAUGAUGUCGAAAACAAUGACACAUUUGAGACUGACCCUGAAAUGAAUAAUAGUUUUAAUGCUACAUCGCAGAGCUCUAAUUUUGACGAUCCGAUUCAAGAUUCCGAGACUGUUCAAAAGGAAAGCGAAAACAAGUGGUUGUCAUCAAAUUCAAACCACUCUGCACAGACUAGAAAAAUCACUCCUUCUCGAAGACCGGAUCGAAAACCAUGUUAUAAUGUAAAUAAUUUGCGAUCUGCCGAAAAACAUCGCUGGGAUUGUAAGAGAAACAAAAGAGAAGCUGAAAAACACAGAUGGGAAUUUGAAAAGCACAAAUUAAUUGUAGAAAAGCAAAAAUGGGAGCUAAAGGAAGCCAGACUAAAAACUAAACUUUUGCAAAUGAAGUUAAAGAAUUCUAUACCUAGAGACGAUUCAAAAAGCUGCAUCAGUACUAUAUCUGAAGAUUAUUUUCAAACAAAACCCCAAUCUCUUAUAAGAAUGCAAGAUAAAACUAACGCACAAAGUGUCGACGAAGCUCAGAACUUAAUCAGCGUCGCCACAUUAUCUACAAACGUUAAAGUCGAACCCACACUUGACAUUAUGGACAUUGGAAAUAACUGUACCAAUAACUCCAAUGAAAACUGCGGAGUCGAAACGAAAACGGACAAUGAAGAACUUGGUGGUAUGUGUAAAAGGAUCAAAACAAUACCGUCGGUUUCCAGCGAUGAGCAAAAACAGUGGGAACUGGCUUUAAAGCAUGAUAUGCCCGAUACUUCAAAUGGCGCCCAUAGUAGUUUUCUCGAUCCUAUCCAAUUAGUUGAGACUAAUAUUAUUUCAUGUAUUGGUGAUGAUGAUGAUAAUGAAGAUGAUGGUUGUCAAACUAGUGAGGAGUCCAUACCCUCAGACGCAACAACAGACGAUCAAACAAAAGUUUCAAAGCAUGAACAUGAUUUUUUGAAACUUCUAAAUAAACAUAGACUGCAGCAUUACUGGGCUAAAUUGAAGGACAUGAAUAUUGGCUUAGACUACUUGCAGUAUAUAGAAGAGGUGGACGUCAGAGAUAUAUGUGGGCGUGAUAUUGGUGCGCGUAUACGAUUUCGUGCAUUAUUAGUAGAUUGGCGCACGAUACAUAGUCUCUCUGAAACUAUUACAAGUCCAAUAGCGGUACUCAAAGAGGCCAAAAGAGUGAUUGCUGAACUUAAAGCGAUUAUAAAACAAGCACCGUUUGUCAAAGAUCAAAACAGUACCAUAACUUCCAAAGAAAGUCAAUGCAGUCAGCAUACGAACUAUAAAAAAGUCUUACCUGAAACACCAUUCCAAUCUGUGUUAGAUUUUAAAGUGUUUGAAGAACUGAUUAAAAACUCGGAAGAAGCAUAUCAAAAUUUGAUAACGGAAUUAACCGCACAACACAUAUAUAAUUCUGUUAAUUUUCUGAAAGCCUCAUGGCGUCGCAUAAUGAGCGAUCACGUUGCGCAGCAUUUUUGCUGGACAGGCACACUAGAAAAGCCAGCCAUACGCACAUUGAGCGUGACGAAAGCAUUGAAAGAGGCGUAUCAGCGUAAAUUUGAUUUUUGUACUAACGACGAUUUUCAACGCACAAUUCAACCAUUUUUCCAACAUGCAAAAACACGUUUGCAAAAAAAACAAAACUAUGAGAAAUUAAAAGCGGCCAACAUAACAUUGUAAAGUUACAUGUAUGUACUUAGCAUUUAAGUUUAAGUUGGAGCUAAGGUAGGUUUUAAUUUUUGCGACGAGAAAAUUACGUAAAACUUAAAAUUUGAGAACUCAAGAAAUGUCGUUUUUUAAUAUUUACCAUUUUUAUUAUAACUGAGCCGAAACGGGAAUUAUUAAUAGUAUUAAUUUGCUAAGUUAUUGUAAGAUAUGUACAUAUGUAGAUUAAGCGCUUAAAAAAUCUAAACUAAGCAAUUCAAUUGAAUUUACAUCAACCAAACGAAGUAUGCGAAUUUCAGUGACGUUGAAAAUAUUUGAAAUUUGUACUUUGAACCCAGCUUCAAUAACCAGUGCGACACGUGUUAUGAAAACCAAUUUCGGUAAAUGUUCAACAGAGCGGCUUUUCUGAAAAAAUGAACCAAUUUUAGCGGGAAAUAUCUUAAAAUUAUUGUUUUUAGUUCUACUUUAAGAAUAUAUAUCUAGUAUAUAUUACAAUAUAUUUUUUGGUUUAAUGAAAAAAUAUCACAUUUUCCAUGCUCUGAUUGUUUUUGCAAUAUCGAUACUUUCGAUAUUCGAUAAUGAACGAAAAUCGAGAAAAAAUGUGAAAAACAAUUUUACAAAAUUAAAAAUAUCAAUCAUUCAAUCGUAUGUGGGUAAUAUAACUUUCCUAAAGCCUCAAAAAUUGCAUGUAUUCUUUCACCAUAACUAAAAAAUUUUCGUUAAAAAAAAAUUCUGCCAAAUACCCUAAAAAUACGUCUCUUUUCGCCCGUGCGUACGCACUUCGCGCCAUAUUCUUUCUAUGUUUUUAGUUUGCGCGCCACUGUCUGGAUCUACAAAAUUGUAAGAAUGGUUUACGGUUAAAUGCCUAAAACUUCUAUCAGAUAGAUAGAUUAGUAAUUGAGGCAUGCACUGCGACCAUGGGUCUAUUGUGCCCUCUCCGAACUCACAAAGACUCGCUUAGCCCCAGCCUAUUGAUAAAGUCCAAUAUCCUGCUGGAUGCUAUCGAGGCGAUGUGAUCCUUAUCCGGAAACAUGGAUCCGAGGGCCUUCGACCUGCGCCUACAGACUGCGUUGCAGUCGAAUAGCAGGUGCUCCGGGGUUUCAGGCUCACUGUCGCAGAACCGACAGUUAGUGCAAGAUGAAAGGUCCAUGUUCGCUAAAUGCCUUUUUAACUUACAGUGGCCGGUAUAGAAUGCUACCAGGAGCCUGAGUUUAUUUCUUGGGAGGUUUAUUAACGUCUCGAACCUCUUUUGGUUAUACCCCCCAACUAACAGCUUGGCAUGACGCAUCCCGUGCGCUCGCUGCCAGUGUGUCUCCCUGCACGGUCUUUCCUCUUUGCGGAGCAGUUCCUUCACCGUAUGGGGACCCACUCCAGUGAAAGGUUCGGGCCCCACCACAGUAGUGGAGGCUGCGGAGCGGGCAAGCUCGUCAGCCAGUUCAUUGCCGGCUAUUCCCCUGUGACCAGCCACCCAGAUCAGGUGUACCUGGUUCUUUUCGGCUAGGUUGUCAAGCCUUCCUCUACACUCCUGUAGCGAAGAGAUCGCUUUUAGUGCCGCUUGACUAUCGCUGAGUAUAGCUAUUCGCUCGUUACGAUAGUUGCGGUGGAGGUUAGUUUUUCCCUGAAGGCACCCCAGUUUGUUCUUCGAGGGUUGUGUCUCGGGGCAAGUUUCCUGACCUCCACCUUCAGUGCGAACCUUAUUAUCCAGUGGUCUGACAGGGAGGGCUCCGUUGAAACCCUCCACCCUGAGACCCAUCCGUUAGCAUGCUCGCUGCUGAAGGUGAUGUCCAGCACCUCCCUCCUGCUUAUAGUUAUAAAAGUGGGUUCACAACCCACAUUCUCAAUUGCUAAAUUACUACCUAAUACAUAUUCUAGUAGAGACUCAUCCCUUGCGUUGCAAUCCGUGCUCCCCCAUUCCACAUGGUGAGCAUUCGCAUCACAUCUGAUGAUGAGGGACAGCCUGUGCCUCUUGCAGUACUCCACGAGCCUAAUCACUCCCUCAGGGGGUGCUGCUGCUGUCUCCCCUGGGAAGUAGGCUGAUGCCAGGACGAAGCUUUUGCCUUCCCAGUCCCUGGCUUGUACCGCCACCAGAUCCUGCGUCAGGAAUUCUGAAAUGCAGAAGAAAUCGACAUUAUCCUGACCACUAUGCACGAUCUAGGUCUCUCGCUAGAGAGGUCCCAGAUUACCUUGUUUUGUUCCGUCUUGAGGCCUUUGUAGACCCAAGGUUCUUGGAUCAACAGAACGCCCAACUUCUCCGCUGUGAACUUGCUCGUAAUCACUGCUGGGGCCCCAGCCGCGUGAUGCAGGUUCACUUGGGCAACUUCCACGUCGCCGACCAUUAAGGUAGUGGCUCGAGGGGGGCAUGUCCACAUCCCCUCCGUCGUUCGCGCUGCUGUCCACAUGGUCGUGGUCCUCUAGUCCCUCGAGGAGUCCCUGGGUGGAGGGUAGCACGGUUUCCUGGGCAUCUAGGACGUCAGCGGUAGCGACCCUCAUGGUCUGCUCAACCCUGCUCACGCCCGGUUGUUUUGCCACGGCGUCCACCUGCAUCCUCUCCACCACCUUGCUUGCCAUCGUUGUUGUCUGUAUUGACGCGCUACCACUCGGCUGGGUGGCAGUCUUUCCGUCCUCAUUGCUUCCUGUGGUCACGGGUUUGUGCGGCCUCAUGACCACCAUGCUGAACCUGUAGAACAGGCGGAAGCUCGCUGCACGUACGUACCUGUACGAUUCAUCACCUAUGUACAGGUACAGUCUCCAUCCUCGUAACUCUCCUUUCUCUUCUAGCUGGCUGCUGACGACGCGCCAGGCCGCGAUGCUAAGGCCCCGGUUUUGAUUUUUAAUUAGAUUCAGGGCAAACUAGUACGGCUUGUCAUCGCUGCGGGGGAGGAACACUGUCAUCCCGUGCAUGACCGGCAGGUCCUCCGCCCUUUUUGCACAGAGAACUGCACCGGUCCAGCCACCUAACUUUGGGGUAAAUUCCCGCAGCCAGUCGGCGGACGCCUGGUCAUUGCAGUCCACCUGUAGCAUGCCACCUCUAAAUUCCACCCCGCGGAAGGAUGCCGCGUAUUCGGCUCCGCCUGCUACCUCUUCCAGGAGGAGGUUCUGGAGCACCGUGAGCUGCUCCGACUCCAACGAUACCGCUGGGUAGGCCUGAGGCAGUACAGCCAUGCGGAUGCCUUUGACAGCAUCCGCAUACCUGCGCCGCCCCUCCUUCACCCGGGGGGGAGCCGGUGCUGAUGGUUGUCCUUAGGCUCUCCUGCUGCAGUCCCUCAGCCUUUUCGAACUGGGGGGCGCCUGUGGUGUCAGCUGACCGCUCUUCCUCUUCACGGUCUCUGCAAAGGUGACCACAUUCCCGUCACCACGCAUUUCGGUCAGUGAUGGACUAACCUGGCCACGGUCUAUAGACCGGCUGCCUUGCCACGUUCCCUUGUUGGGAAUGUCCCGGUAUCGGCGUACCGUCGCUUGGCCAGGGACUCCGCCGCUUCGGGGGUCAUCCCAUCCCAGAGGUACUGCAGAUACCAUUUAAGGCAGGCACCGCUCAUGGCCUUCUUCCGAGGGUCAUCGUACCCGCCGGGUCUGUCCGCCGUUGGGAGAGAUCUCUGCCCUCCCCUCCUGCGCCUCCUGCGUGCACCACCGGCCUCUGCCCGAUGUGACUCUCCCGAGUCCGAGUGGAUUGGCCUAUUUCGGUGGGUCCUGGUGGUGCUUUGGGCUGCAUCCGCGGUCUUGAUGUCUGUUGAGCGCCGGGCGCCGCUGCAAGAGGGCAUAUCGUCUUCGUCCUUCCUGACAUGCUCCUCGAACAGCACCCGCUCUUUUGGCGAGAGAGCAUCAAGGUAGCGAAACUUCCGUUUAGCUCCCUAAUCUCGCCGGCCUCCAGCUGCUCCGCCUGCUUUCUCCUUCUCCCUGUCGUGUUCCGUAUCCGUUGUCCUAAUUCGUUGCCUUGUCGAUUCAUCGUGGUUUGUUGUUUUUGUUGUUUUUGUGUUUGUAUUUGGAUCCAUUUUGUUCUUACGACCCUUGGCUCAACGGGGUGAGCUGUCGGGUCUUCUUGUUUAGUGGGGAACUAGGAGGUCCGCCACGCCAGAGCCCCUUGGCGCGGUAAGGCCACAGUUACACCCCAAUUCGGCCCGGUGUUGGGGAGACUCCGUUAGAAGACAGCCGAAUGUUCCUUUUGGCUGCAAAUCAUCCAAUGAGCACGGGUCGCAUGACACCCUGGAUUAGGAGGUGGUAGUCCUUGGUCGCCGCCCGCAUGCGGCGCCCGACAACCUGCCUGGAUAGUGCCAGUCAACACCAUCCACACCGGUUGGGGGGGCGCCGAGUAUGCCUUGCGACUAAGCCUCUGUACCGCGGCAAGGUGCCUACCAUUAGCAGAGAUAAUUUUACGUUUCCUACCAGUCUGUGUCUGUGUCUGCGUCUGCGGUGAUUGAGAAAAGAUAUUUAAAUUGACACUGCUACAGGCGGAUUCACCAAAGUCGCUGAGUAAGGUGACAAUGUAAUUUCCACAUAUUUUUGUUCUACAGUUGGAGAUGGAGUUUCAACGAGAAGUAGACGAGUACGCCCGAGCGAUGGGCGGCCCAAACCACGAAUCUUAAACUGGUCCACGUUACCAAUCAAGUCCGGAGGCAGAACUGAGAGGAUAUUAGCUAUGUCCUCUUCAAGUCGGUCUUUACCGUCUGCUUUCGUUGAUUCAGUGACAUUUAACAAGACGACGUUCGAUUCACGUCUCUUACGUUCAGCGAAGACGUCUUCUGCUGGAGCAGGAACAGUAGAGCAGGUUUUGAGCUUACCUUCAAUAGUUCUCAGUCUGCUUUCAAGCCCAGUACAUUUGUCAUCCGUAUGCUUGUGCUUCUUGGUUAGGUUCGAGACAUACUUCCUGAUGUCAACAAUAUUUUUUUCGAUGGAGGACUUAAAACUAUUAAAUUUGCUGUCGAACGAGGCAGCAAGUUUAGAAUAUUGAGCAUCAAGCAGAUUUUUAGCUUACACAUAGUUAUAUUGCCAUCAUCAUCGCUUUCGGAUUCAGGGUCGUCUUCGCACCCUGAACAACAACACUAACCUCUAAUUUACAGAGGUCACAUUUCCAUUGGAAGCCUUGCAACUUGAUAUUAUUAUCUAGUUCAGUGAAUUCAGGUCUAGUGAGCCUAGUGCAUUUAGAAUGAGUCCAUAUACGGCAACCAGUACAUAAUACACUUGGUGAUUUAGCAUGAACGAUGGAAUUCCCUUAGGAGGCAUGUUGGGCGUAAAAACUUGAAUUUUCGGUAAAGAUCAGUUAUAAAGUAGCGCAACAUCACACUAAAUAUCAAUUAUGCAUCUUCUGCAUCUUUGAUACCGAUAGCAGAUAAAACGGCGCAUCCUUGCAAAAUAAUACAUUUUCUAAUGUAAUAUUGUUCUUGAGAUUCCUGCGAAGUCGUAAUCUUCCGAUUGUAGUGGCAUCUAUGUAGAUUUUUAUUUAAAUCACAUUAGGUUUAUUUUAAACUAUUAAAUUAGGUUUAUUUGAAAUUACUAAAUUAGGUUUACUUUAAAACCAAUUAGGUUUAUGAUAAAUAUUUUAGAUGAUGCUAUAAUACGUUUUUCCAGUUUGAUGACCAUAAAAUGACUGACCGAUGUCGUCAUUUAACAGUAGUAAGUGUUAAAAGUUAGGUUCACUUGCAAAAUUUUAUUGCUUGUAUAUUUACUGGAAUUUUUAAGUUUAAUUUUGUGAUCUAGCAAGCGAUAUUUAACAAAUGUCAGAGUCAAGUUUUCGUCGGGCAAAUUUCGAAGGCAGUUACCACCCCUACAUUGGUGGAUAAAGUUAAAAGUCAGUGUGACACUUUAUCCAGCUGCUCAAUUUUUGCUCCCGAUAACUCAAUCAAUUUAUCAAAUUUAUUAAAAUGAAUAACAAAUGAAGUGUCACCGAAUAAUAACAAAGGAAAAGUAUCGUACACAUAAUUCUUAUUUAUAUUUCUUCCUAGGAGUUGGUGGAAUUAAAAAAAAACAUUUUUUUUAAUUUUCGAAGUUAAGCUGCGAACACUCCAUUAGCAAACAGGGCUGGUCGGAAUACCCCUAAUAUGUUUCUGCUUAAGGGGUUAUAUACAGUUAGAAGUACGAAAAGAAGCAAAAUUUCCAUUUCUUUAUAUUUAUUGAUCCAAAAAUUUGAACACUAAUGCCAGGUUUCACAGUCCAUACUUAAGUUAUGCUUAAGUACUGAAAAUAGGACACUUGAGCAGUGCUUAAGUAACAGCGGAUUUUUGUUUUGAAUUUUCAGUUAUUUGUGAAAAGAAGAAGAAUAACUUUUGAUAAUUUUUCUUUCGUUCCAAAUCUACUGCUAAAAUUUUCAUUCCAAAUCAUAUUUUCCUUUCAUAACUUCAUUGAAAAGUUGUUACUUUCUUCUAAUAGCUUCAUGCCUUGUUCGUGCUUCGCAUAUAUUAUAUUUAUUUUCGCUUUAUAUUUUUCUUCCGUCAAUUUUGCUUUCAUAUCUGCUAACUUUGCCCAAACAUUUUUCGCAGUUUCUUCAAAUUUUAGUUCAACGUUUUAUGUAACGUUGUCGGAUUUCUUUGUAAUGUUUCUGGUAAUUUUUUACUUUAACAUGCCUUACCAUUUAUUCCCUUAUCAUUUUCCACUUGAGUCGUGUUUUCGAAAUCCACUAUGCUCUCUAUUGUAUCUUCCUCCAAUAUCACGGACUCAAUUUUAGAGAAUUGAUAAAAUCAUAGAUUUGAAAUAUCAUGGAAAUAAAAUAAAGUGUAUACACUCACAAUAAAUAUUUACGGCAAUUUGGCAAAUUGGAACUCUCAUUUUCGUUUACACCAAAAGCUCUGCCAACAGAUGUUGAACCUUCGCCACUUUUUAGACAGUCAGUAAAAUAAAAUUGCUUAUUGCAAUUUUCUAAGAUAACAAUCUAACACAAUUUUAGCUUUUGAAAAGUUAUUAACAAUUCCUUUUGCUACCCUUACUUCUUAUUGUUUGCUGAGGUAUACUCGCCGUGUCCAGGGUUCGUUACAAUAAAUUUGUAAACAGUGGGGACUCUCUACGAAUCGUAAUUCGAAUAAUUUUUCUUUUAGUCACAAUUUGUGUGUGGGUGUACUGCAUGAAUUAAAUACAUGUGGGGUUCGCUACCCUCUUCUGUCCAAAAUACCCAAAAUAAGUAUGCUCUUUUACAAUACAAAUGUAGAUUUAUUUUUUCACUUUCAGUUUAAACGUACAAUAAUCUUCCUGUUUUCACUUCUUCUUAAUUACAAAACGUUAUAAUGUAUUUCUUAAGAUGGGGUGCAAUAACGUCACUGUGACUUUAUUUCCAUUUGAAAUGGAAAUAAAGCCGCAGUGACGUUAUUACCAUUUACAAUUAUUUGUACCAUUUUGAUUGAUUUCGUUGCAUCAAUGUCGGUCAAAGUGUCCAAAAAUCUAAAAAAAAUGUUUUUUGGCCUCUUCGGGACCCGUAUCCAAUAUGCCACAGACGACGUUAGCAAUGUAUCUCCCAGACGAGUCGUUUGUCUCGUCAAUCGAUAUCCACAAAUAUUUGUUUUUUAUUUGCAUUCUUAUGGUUUCAAGAGUUUCGUUGUAAAUUUCACCAACUAUUCUACGCAUGGAGGUUUCAGAAGGAAUAGUUAAAUCUACAUAUUUUCCAAAAAAAACUUUUUAGGUUUUCAUUCCUUAAUUUAUAAAGUGGAAUGUCCGAUGCAACUAAUGCUUUGCAUAAAUCUUGCGCGAACUAAUUUUGAUUGGAACUUGUGGUUUGAGUUAAUAAUGGCUGCGUACUUGUUGAUGAUUUUUUUUCCGCUUCACUAUGUGCCAAACGUGCGAUUGCAAAGAGUAUAAUCUUUCUGACGACACAGACUUGUUGCAAGCUUUGCAAAACAAUACGACGCCAUCAGUUUUAAAAAUAGGAUAUUUCGCGACAUAAGAAGCUAAUUUGUCCGUUUUUCGCUGUUUUGCUUUCGGCAUUAUCUAAAUUAUAGAAUAAAAUAAAUAAAUCACUUUGUUUAAUUGAAAUUGAAUAAAUUUACCUCACUCCAUUCUGCAACUAAAAAUUAGCUACAUGCCCGGCCACGCUAUAUAACUUUAUGUUAGAUAUGGUAAACUUCAAAACAUCUGUUCACAGAGAUGUGACAAAUGAUAAUUUGUGUAUCGAUAAUUUUUCAAAUGUAAUCGAAAUUAUGAAAAUGGCUACUUGAAAUUGCAUUUUUGCAUAAAAUUGCAUUUAUUCAAAUUGCUUCAUAAAAUUGUAUUUAUUUGCAAAAUUGACACUAAAAAGUCAUUUUUGUAAAAUAUUGCAUUUAUUGCUAAAAUUGCAAAAAAUUGCAACAACAAGUUUAGUUUAAAUUAAAGAAAAAUUUACAAAACGUAUUUCUAAUUAACCGGCAUUAAAAAUGCGAUCACGACAAACAACUUGCAAAUGCAAUUUUUGAGUUGCCCUAUUUAUAACAUUUACAAUUGUUGGUGAAGCGAAUACACUAUAUGAAAACUGUUCUGUUAUUAUCGUAUCUACAUAUAUAAAAUUUUUUAUCUUCAACAUGUUUUGACAUGCCAAAUUCCAUUGAUACACUUUCAUUUUGGAAUACUGCGAUAACAUCCUCAAAGCACAUUGGUGCUUUAGGAUAUUCUUUUUGCCUUAGUUUUAACAGCUGUCUUCUUAUAGUACCAAAUUCUACUAAAUGUGCCGAAUCUUUGAAUUUUUUGCAUUCCUCAUCAUAGAUCUCGCGAACGCCUGUUCUUUUGAGUGACGCCGUCUUACACUCAUUUUUUAUAGAAUUUAAUAAUUCUAGUUUUUUUUUAUUAAAUCUUUUUGUGAAUCGUGAUUGUGGACAUUGGUGGAAUUUCUAUUUCGGUUGCAAUAUCUGCUACUAUUAAAUUCCACUAUAGCACUUGCUUUACAAAAGCGGUUAUAACAUUGAUAAUAUGUUAUUCCAUUUCGGUUGUAUUUUUUUCUAUAAAUUUGUUCUUCACUUCUAACUAAUAGUAAUUUGGAGGUUUGCUUAAAACCAGGUAUUAACUCGUAUUCUAAGAUUGCAUAAGUUUCCAUUUUUACAAUAUUUACUUUUUGCAAGAGCACGUGGACAACUAAUAUUUAACAAAUGUCAAUCCUAUUGACAAAUCGGGUGGGUGUAAUCGGAUUUGAAGUUUCAAAUAACAGAAGGUAGCGUUACCAGAGUACGAAAUUAAAAAGUGACUUUAUUUCUCAUUUUCAAUAUGUGGAAUGUGUCUUUAUUUCCCAUUUACAGUCCAUUUUAAUGUGUUCUUACUUCCAUUUCACUUGGAAAUAAUGUCCAGUGCCUUUAUUUCCAUUCCAAGUGGAAAUAAAGUCACAGUGACGUUAUUGCACCCCACCAUUUCUUAACUGUUAACUCUAUUUGCCGCGCGAGUUAUUUUCUUUAAUCAAUGAAUAUAUAUUUUAAGUCCAAUGAAGAACUGUUUAUUUAUUAAAUAUGUACUUAUAGUUAUGACAAUGUACAAUGAACAAAGAACGUAUAUUAUUGUGUUGUGUUUCUUUAUAUAGCAUUUCUUGUAAUGUGCAACACACCUAAUACUCAUGUUCUCCCACUCCUCCAUUUUCAUCACUUUGGUAAGUUUAUCGCUAAACUUACCAAAGAGAAUGUCUUUGGCAGCUAAGAUCUCCCGCACUACACUAAUUUUGUGAUGUUCAUUUGCCAUUUUUACAAAUAAACAAUUUUUAACUUUUUUAUAAACACAACAAGUGGGCAAACAACAUUAAACACACACAACAUGUGUUUUGAUUGAAUAGGGAUGUGAUAACAAUCAAAACAAAUUAUCGAUAUACAUAUAUUUACACAUACAUAUGUUUAAUUUAUCAAAAUAACUUUAUAAAAAUAUUUUAUUUUAUUUAAAAAUUCACAAGUAUACAAGAACUUGUAAUUGUAGAAAUUGUGGUUUACAAGUGCAGAAAACUACAAGUUUUGUCAAAACUUUAAUGAAACGCAAUUUGUCAACACUUGUGAAAAUUAAACUUGUGAUUGUAACUUGUAAACUUAUAGAAUUGUAGUUUAGUGAAAUAGGCCCCAGGUUUAGUAUCAGGAUUGUCUGGGUGUACAUUGCUUUGUAGAUUAUCUUUAUGUACAAUCCUCCCCUUCGUUGUUAAAAUUGUGUCCUCACGAUUCUCCUUGACUGUCUGUUUAAUGUAGCGGCGUGUAAAUUUUUCGCGACGAUUUUGUUUCUCGUAUACUUCAACACCUGGAGUAUAUAAAUUAUUCAAAUGUAAUGUUUAAUUCAAAAUUACUUUAUUUGCCGUCAUCUCGGCUUAGUUGUCAAGUAUAAAGUGAAACUUAUAAUUAUCCCUAACUUAGCUCAAGCCACCAACCCGCAUCGCGUUGUGGCUCCUCUGCUGACGUUUUGCUGACCUUGCGCCUCGUGCAUGGUGUUAGUUUACUUUGAUGUCUGGCCAAUGUUCUCACGCAAAAUGUGCUAACUUAGCGACAUGUGCAGAGUGGUAGGCUCUUAUUACGACGGGAAUUAGGGUGUGUCGUUUCCUCGCGAUAACUUUAGGGUGUGUCGUUUUCUCGCGAUAACUUAUAUUUUAUUUUGUCGUUUUUUAUUGUGGUAUGCUAACAUGCGUUCUUGUUUUUCUUUUAAUAUGUCCUUGAUUUCACUAAAUUUAUUUCUUUCAAAAAAUAUGUCAAAAGGUUCACGAUUUGUCACUGAAUGUAUAGUUCUAUUAUAUUCUUUCACUUCGUUGAAUAUUUCUUCAUCCGCGGUACUUUUUUUUGCGAUUUGAGAGCGCAUGAUUUCUAAAAUUGUAGAGUAAUUUAUUUGAUUUGAUUUUAUUUAUUUUAAAAUUUUACGCUUAUUUCACUUAACUUUUUUCUUCUUCAUUUCACUCUUUUUCGCUUCACUUCACUUUUCCGCAAGUAUGUAUGUCCUCUUCGCUUGAAGUCUUCACUGUAAAUGAGUCAUGCUUGUCAAACAUGAGUGGAGACAAUCAAAUUAUCGUCCGUGAUAUAUCAAAAAUUUUUGAUUUUCAUCAAACAGAGCCGACAACAAGUCGGUGUAGCGUACGUGUAGCCGACGAGAGCCGACGACACCAACACAAUUAAAGUGUUUGAUGCAAUUAUUUGAUCGUCUCCAGGGCACUUAACCGUUCGACUUGAGCGUUUGAUGUCGAAUCACUUGGUGUAGUCAUAGUAUGCUGUAUAUGUAGUUUAUCAUACAGUGCUUUUGACGCUAUGCUUCUGAGUCCUGCUAUAAACGUGCGAACUGCUUUAAAUUGCACUUCUGUGGUUAUAGCUCGUGCCACUUCCUCAUUUUUAUGAGACAUUUCAAUUUUAGACAGGAUCAAAUUUAAUGCUUGGUUGAUUUGCUCAUAGUACAUAGUGAGUUAUAAGUUAUUUUGCUUCAUUCUCAUCAUUUCUUCUU